GUGGCUUUAAACACACCACUUUCUGGUGACAUGCGAGCAGAUUUUCAGUGUUUUCAACAGGCCCAGCUAGCAGGUUUGACGUCUACCUAUAGAGCUUUCCUCUCAUCACAUUUGCAAGACUUGGCCACAGUUGUCAGAAAAACAGAUCGAUACCAUUUACCAAUAGUCAACCUUAAGGGAGAAAUACUUUUCAAUAACUGGGAAUCUAUAUUUAAUGGAAACGGUGGACAAUUCAACAUUCAAGUUCCAAUAUAUUCCUUUGAUGGGAGAAAUGUCAUGACUGAUCCGUCUUGGCCUCAAAAAGUAAUAUGGCAUGGUUCAACUGCAAAUGGGAUCCGGCUGACUAGCAACUACUGUGAAGCCUGGCACACAGCUGAUGUGGGAGCUGUGGGACAAGCAGCACCACUGAAGACGGGGAAACUUCUGUAUCAGAAAGUAUCUAGCUGUAAUAAUCAGUUUAUUGUUCUCUGUAUUGAAAACAGUUUUGUAUUUGAUCCCUAAGGACAAUAAUUCAUCUGUUGCACAUAGGAAUAUUCCAUUUUAUGACAGAAAAAGAUGACA